AUGGCAAAUGAAGCGAAGGUGACACAGUCCGACUUGGCGAGCCGCUGGCAAAAUUUUACCACCGCCACAUUUCAAGAGUCUGAUAGGAAAGCCGCUCACCAGAUCGAUGCGUCCCUGACCGAAGAACAAUUCUUUGCAUGCGAAUCUUGCGAGGAGAUACUGUUUCAGAAUGGGGAUGGCUCGACCCUAUUUCGGGCAGAGGGGAGUGGACAAAUGAAGCUACCGCCAGGCAUACGGGUCAGGGCAAAGGGUGGGUCGGCAAAAUCACGACCGGUAGAUUGA